GAUUACUCUGGGUUUGACUGAAGAUGAGUUCACAACUGUCAGCUUCGCAGCAAGCACCUCCCCUUCCGAAAAGUCACUAAUAACUUCCGUUUCCACAUAGCAACGGAGACGCCGCAAGGGAAAGGAUUGUCAAGUGAAACAUGACAGAAGUUGAGGAGACCCUGAAGAGAAUAGAGUCACGCAAAGGUGUAAUUGGAACGAUCGUUGUAAAUGCCGAAGGUAUCCCAAUCAGAACUACUCUGGACAACUCCACCACCGUUCAGUAUGUUGGAUUGUUGCAUCAUCUUGCCAUGAAAGCCAGAAACACAGUGAGGGAGCUUGACCCCCAAAAUGAUCUGACAUUCCUUCGUGUUCGAUCAAAGAAACACGAGAUCAUGGUGUCGCCAGAUAAGGAUUAUUUAUUAAUUGUGAUCCAGAGCUCAGGUGAUUAGCUCCUAACUCCAGUGGUUUUCACUGCAGGUAUCUCCAAAUCCUCCACUGCCUGCUCCCUCUACUCAGUUACACACCUCCGCCUUAUAAUGUACCAGAGAAAUAUGUCUGCCUUCAUGCCAUUUGGCUUCAUUUCAAGAAAGCAUGUAAAAUAAACUGAAUUUGAGGACCUUU